AUGACCUUUGACAUAUCCAAGAUUGCAAGACGUAAUAUCUUGGGCUUGGAGCCAUAUCGCUGUGCUAGGGACGACUUCAAGGUAGGACUGCUUCUGGACGCUAAUGAGAAUACCCAUGGUCCCUCCGCCGCUCUUUCCGCUAGAGAAGAGAGCUUAGAGUUGAACAGAUAUCCUGAUCCUCACCAGAUCGAGCUGAAACAGAAGAUAUGUGAUUUUAGAAAUUCUGAGGCUGCGACUAAGGGGGCUAUUGUGCCAGUUCCGUUGGUUGAAGGAGUCGAAAAGAAGCUAACGCCCGAAAAUCUGUGUCUUGGUGUCGGUUCAGAUGAGUCAAUUGAUGCCUUGCUUCGUUGUUUUUGCCAGCCAGGUAAGGAGAGGCUACUCGUUUGCCCUCCUACUUAUGGCAUGUAUGGGAUCUGCGCACAGGUGAAUGACGUUGAGCUCGUGAAGAUUCCUUUGAAGCUCGAUGACUUCCAGAUUGACAAAGAGAUGAUUUUGAGCUCGGUUUUGAAUGAUCCCUCAAUCAAGUUGAUAUAUCUCACUAGUCCAGGAAACCCUACUGCUGCUCAGAUUGAUUUGACGCUUUUUGUGCAGUUGCUGGAAGAGCUCGAGCAAAAUACCUGGCAUGGUUUGGUGAUUGCCGAUGAAGCUUAUGUGGACUUUUCCCCUAUCGGAUCCUCCUUGGCACCAUUCGUUAACAAGUUUCCACGUUUAGUUGUUCUUCAGACCCUUUCAAAGUCAUUUGGUCUUGCUGGUAUUAGGCUGGGUAUCACAUAUUCGACUCCGGAGGUGUCACUCCUACUCAACUCUAUGAAAUAUCCUUACAACAUCUCCAACUUGACCUCUGACGUUGCUUUGAGGGCUACAACUCCAGAAGCUUUGGCAAAAAUGAGGGAGACCUGUAGCACUAUUGUGGAACAGCGUGGUAUCCUACUGAAGAACCUGUUGGAACUCAAAGGUAUCGGAAAGAACAGAGGUGGCUUGGAUGCUAAUUUCUUGCUCAUUGAGGUGCUGAAUAAGGAAGGGAACCCCGAUAAUGAAGUUGCUAAUAAUGUCUAUAAUUAUUUGGCUACAAAGCGCAAUGUCGUUGUGAGGUUCAGAGGCAAGGAACUUGGCUGCACAGGUUGUCUGAGAGUCACCGUGGGCACGGAGAAGGAGAAUGAAACACUUGUUGAAGAAUUUAGAGAGGCAUUGAAAAGGUAUAAUUGA